CCUGUAGCUUCAUUUUCAUACCGACGCGAUUGCGAGGGAUGUGAGAUAUCGUACUGCGCAUCGAUCCUUCUGGUAAAAUUUCCAUACUUUGACAUCAACGUCUGCAUCGGCAUUGAUCCUCUCUGUGGCCGCGUAUAAGAUGUCCUCAUCUAGAUCGAAGGUCGUUUGCGUCACAUUCUUUUCAGCUAUCACGGUGUCAAGGUGGAACGCAAGCGAAAGGUUGCGCAUGUCCGAGAGAGCAAAGAUGAGGCAAACCGGGAGUGGAGGUCAGACAAAACCUGCGCUUGAUCAUCUUACCGAGUGAUGAUCGAGGCAAAGUUUGUUUGAACAACUUCUCACCAUGGGCCCCGUCCGUACUCACAAAUCUCGGAAAGGCCCUGAAGAAUCGUCUCCAAACGCUGUGGCCGGUCCAUCCAAGCCACGCAAACAAUACCCGCCGCAAAACAGCGAUAAUGGCAAACCUGGGGUGUCUAAAAUCAAAGCCUCGCUACGACAAACGCGACGCCUAUUGGCGAAAGGCAAUCUCGCAGCGAACAUCCGUGUGGAGACUGAACGUAGACUGAAGGCAUUGGAGGCAGAUUUGAUCACAGCGGAGCAAGGAAAGAAGGAACGGACCAUGGCCGUGCGGUAUCACGGACCCAAGUUUUUUGAACGCCAAAAAGUGUUGCGGAAGCUAAUUCAAGCCAAGAAGAGUUUAGCGGAGGAAGACACGUCUGAACUUCGUGUGAGCGUGGCUGAUCUGCGAGUCGACCUCAACUACACGCUGCACUAUCCCAAAACGAAGAAAUAUAUUUCGUUAUUUCCGCCGGAGCUGCGCGCAGGGGAGGCGCAGGACCUGCCUCUCGAUCCCGGAAGAGAGGAAGUGCGGGCUUGGAUCCGAUCACAAAUGAAGGGCGGGCAGUUAUCCAUCGAGCCGGAGCUCCAUAUGGACUCGAGAAGCGUGAACGAUGGUGGCGCCCAGGAAUGGACGAAUCAACAGAGAAACAAGAGAUCGAAGAAGAAGAAAGAUCUCAAAGAGGAACCGGUUGAGCCGGACGAUACCGAGGACGCGUUCUUCGAACAAAACAUGUCUGAAGAGGACUCCUGAUGCGAGCGCUCAGAGCGAGUAGCCGGCUUCAAAUUGGCCCCUAAUCGCCCACACGACCAAUGAUAAUCAACGGAAAAGAGAUUGUUUCCGCUGCUGUGAGCGCUGCCAAUCCCAACGGACCCAGUCUCCCCAGUCCCCAGUCAUGCUGUUUGGCAUGGGAUCUCUUUGAUACCAUCUUCGUCCUUGGUCCUUCGGUCCUUCGUAGCUAUUCAUGUAGAUAGCCUCCCAAAAUCCGUGCUUGUUCUGAGUCCUUCGG